AACAAUUCAUAUUAAAAAAAAGCAAAGAAAUAACAACAGCAGUAGUCUCAGUCAGUAUUUUAAAUUAAAAAUACAAACAAUCAAUUAUUUUUUAAUAGUGCAAAAAUUCUUAUAAUAAACAAAACAAAUAAAUAAAGCAUGAACACAAAAGGAAAAUUUUAUAUAAAAAAAAUAAACAAAAUUUAAGGAAAGUUUUUAAAAAAUUUACAAUAAAAAUAAAAAUAAACACCUGUCUGCUAUAAAAAAAUAUAAAAAAAAUCACUUGCCGUCGGUUUUAACAAACAAACCAGAAAAAAAAUAUUUGAAAUCAAAUCUUUAAUUGUCAAGAAAUUUAUGAUGUCUAAUAAAAUGAAAUAACAAGUCAAUUGUGGUUUAGUGUGUGCUUUGUUUUUUUUAUAAUAAAAUUAAAAAUUAUUUAAAAGUGUUAUAAAUGUCUAAACUUUAAUUUAUAGCAUCAAGAUAAAGCAAGAAAUAAAUUAUUAUUAAAUAAAAAUUUAAAGUGUUUUAAAUAUUUAUUUAUUUAAAUUAAAUUAAAAUUGUUGGUAUUUAACUUUGUAUACAACUGGCAAUGUCACACAAUUUAACCAUUGUUGGGGAUUUAUUGGCCGGUAAAGCAAGCAGAGGUGUUGUUGUGCUCUUUAAAAUUAUUCACACAAUUCGUGUUGUUAACAAUUCUAUGCUUGUCUGCCCAGAAUGAUGGAACAUAUUCCAUCAAUAUCACUCUCUGGGAUAUCGUUAGCACAUCCACUCUCUAUCUCCACGGGACAAACACUCUCCAAUCAUUUCGGCAACAGUUCAUCGGCAGUCAGUUCUUCAACGGGCAGUCACAUUGAACAGUUAGCAGCGGCCGUACAUCAUCAUCAUCACCAUCAGCAACAACAGGCCCAGCAGCAGCAUCAUCACAACACUCAUUUGAAUUCCGCUGCUAGUUUACAGCAAAGCAGUAACAGUCAUUUGACUUUGAAUUCUUUGUGUGGCUUGCAAAGUGCCCAGCAUUCGGUGGCACCGACUUUAUCUUCACACAGUAGCUCGGUAACCAGCAGCUCUUCGGCGGCUCAACAUUUACAACAGAAUUCCACGGCUCACAACUACAUAUUGCAUCACGCUUCCCACCCCUCCAGCCAUUUACAAACAUCAUCACAUUCCAACAGCUCACCCUCUUUACAUUCGCAUCCUUUGUCCUCAUCCUCCAGCAGAUCUUUGGCUUCUUUAAGGCAAUCCGAGCACUUAAAUCACUCUGCCGGCAAUCAUACACACUCUUCGGCGGGCGAUAACAGUUCGGUAGCAACGUCUUCGGCAAAUUCUUCAGCCAUGGCUGCGGCAGCGGCGGCUCACCUGCAUCACAGUGCCCAAUCAUCGCCCAUGUCAAAUUUACAUCAAAACAUGGGCAGUCUAAUGAAUAGUGGAGGAAGUGCUAGUGAUGUGUUUUUUAGCCUGAUGAUACAAAAUACAACGAAACGUCAAAACGAAGAACAUAUAAAACGUCCAAUGAAUGCAUUCAUGGUGUGGUCCAGGCUGCAGCGUCGAAAAAUUGCCCAAGACAAUCCAAAAAUGCACAAUUCCGAAAUAUCGAAGAGAUUGGGAGCCGAAUGGAAACUUUUAACCGAAGAAGAAAAACGUCCAUUUAUAGAUGAAGCCAAGAGGCUGAGAGCCAUGCAUAUGAAAGAGCAUCCGGAUUAUAAGUAUCGACCGCGAAGAAAACCCAAGGCUUUGAGAAGAGAUGGUUAUCCCUAUCCCAUGCCCUAUCCAUCGGUACCAGUAGAAGCUUUAAGGGCAGGCAUAACGCCCAGUUAUUUUGCGCCGGGACCAGCAGCAGCCGCUUAUCAUUUAGGCAGCCAUCUAACGCAAACGAAUCCACCAAAUUCACAGACUUCAAUAUCCGGACAAAUGGAGGUGCCCAAAUUUGCUUUAGAUCGCAAUUCGUAUCUGAGCACAGCUGCCACAGCCGGCUCUUUGUAUGAAUCUUCAAAGGCAGCCCAGGCUAGUGCUGCCUAUAGCGCCUAUUUGGAUCCCAGCGUAUUGACAAAGGCCUAUUUCGAUUCGAAAAUGUAUCAGGAUCGAGCCGCCAACUAUGCCUUCGACAUAACAAAAAUCUAUGGAGCCCAACAGCAUAACUCCACGGCUGCCGCUGCAGCCGCCGCCCAUCAGCAUCACCAGCAACAGCAUCUGCUCAAUGGCCUGGGCAUAGCCAGUCCCCACAACAACAACAGCAACAAUGCCUCUUCGAACAGCAACAAUAAUGUCGACGAUCGCGACAAUUCACCACAUUUGGAUACGGGCGGCAAUAGCAGUAGCGGUCCCAUCGGUGUUAUACCCGACUCGAAAAGUCAUUUACAUUCACCCAACGACAGCCAAUUAGAAUACUCUCAGUAUGCUCAAUAUAACCAAAGUGCAGCAGGUUUUAAUAAUGGUUCCAUAACGGCAGCCGCAUCAGCGAAUACCGCUUCAGUGAGCUCGGCCACCAGUGGAGAUUUUCGCCGGCCUCUAACCGUUAUAUUUUGACCGCCAUCCGAUGAAUGCGAAGAGCUCAAUCUGUCCAUAACAAACUAGGAAAUAUUACAAAAAAAAACACAAAGAGCCCUCAAAUUUAAAGACCCCAAAUCCAUUUUGAAAUAAAGGAUUUCUUGGAAAUUCUAUUCUAUUAUGGCAGAAAUCCUUUUCAUUUAAGUGUUUAAUUUUCAAAUUCUACAACGAUCGGUGCAAUUUUAUUAUAUAUAUACAUGGAAAAUCAAAAUACUUA